AUGAACUCUGAGAAAUGGAAGAGGAUGACUCUUCCCACCCUCAAAACGACGCCCCCUGUACCAAUUCCGAACGAGGGGACGAAAGGAUUCGACAAUGGCGACGGAAAGAAACCACGCGUCUUUUCAAAAGCGCUUCGUUCUCUUAGCAAUUCAUCGAUGGAAUCCAUGUCGCAACCCACGUCUCGAAGCUCAUCCUCCAUGCGGCGCCUACAAAAGACCAAUUCCGGCUCAGGGUCCAUGAUCGAUAGAAUACACCGUCGAGUAUCGAUAGCGUCGCCGAUGAGCGCAUCCGCCCCUGAGUUUCCUUUGGCUGGCCCUGAAGUGCCUUAUUCAUCGAUGGAACUUAUCCAAUUCGGACCUCUCAAGACCGAUGUCACGCUCCUCAAAGCUCGCGCCGAAUAUUUGGUUCUGACGGAUACUUGUUUAAUCAAAUUUGCUGGUGUAGAGGGAGCGAAAGCUGCUUUCACACAAAUCAAGUCAAGCGAUGGAACACUGAAGCCGAACACCCACCACUCUACGAGUAAAUCUUCAUCUGAUAUACGAAUGGAAAUCCCUUUGCGGUCUAUUGUCGGUGUUUUUAACGAAGAAGGCUCGAGCCCUCGAUUCGGCAUUGAAGUCUGGUGGUUCUCUCAAUGGCCAAAGUUGGCGUACUCCAGAGCACACUUGUUCUUCAUGCUUCCCAAAGAUAGGGAUGACUGGCUGGCAAAUAUUCAAAGGGCUUGCAGAAUGAGCCAUAGAAGGUCUCCGUCACCAUCCUUGAUACCUAGCAACCUGAAAACGAGGAUCAACCAUAUCGUGGAAACCACAGAAGUCGACUCAAACGCCAAUACCUCCAAGACAGUAACAUUUCCCGUGGUCAAGCGUACGAUAGGCGCAACCCAAAAGACCAAGUCUGAUGAAGAGUCUCAGCAUUUUGUGGACGGCUCGUCGUUUUAUAUCGUCAUCGGGCCAGCCAUGCUGUACUUCAUUGAGGUUCUUAAAGCAGAUUACACAACCACCCCUGGAGACCUGCGUGUCAAGGUUCAGUCCUAUGGUACAGUUUCACUGAUUCGAUUUCGAGCAUCCGUUGCGUCGCACGAGCAGCGAUUUGUCAUGAGCUUCCGUUUGCCGCUUGGUCGUGAAAACAGGCUCGAACUUGCUAGUGUCCAUUACAGACAUGUGAUCGAGGCUAUGACCAAGGUCGACCGAGAGCUGAAGCCCAUGUGGCCGCAACAUUUACAAAAGGCCAUUUUCGAUAUUAAGGGCCUCCCCCCACCACUCCAACUAACCUCUGGAAACGAUUUGGGAGGACUGGAGCGAAGUUUGCAUGCCUACUGCGCUGCCUUCAAGGUUCAGGUUCCGAGAUGGACUAUUGAAUGGAAUACACCCUCGCAACCAGCUUUCCGCCUCUUACCUCCAGGCGCACAGCCAUACUCUACGUUACAACUACUUGCAUUGUUUCGAGCGCUGCGCUACAACAGUUACUUUAAAGAGCUUUCCUUCCGAAACAUCGAUCUAUCUGGUCUUGCUGGGAAGAAGGACUACUCCCAUUUUGGAGAUACCAUCGCUUACACAUCUCUCAACGGAGUCAAAAUUUCUGAAGAGCAUUACGACAUUCUGAUGCAGUCUUCUGUCCUCAGUCAGGAGAUGCACGCUCUCGCGUUCUCGUCCGAGUCGAUCAGAAGUAUGGAUCUAAGGAAUAUUUUGGGCCCACGGAGCACCAUAGGUCGCUCCAAGGACCCUGAGGGUUCUCGCAGAGUCAGCUCUGAAGUUCUGCGACCUAUUAUACUAUUGCUGAAGCGUCAAGCGUGUCUUUGUCAUAGCAUCACUAUGUCGGGCAACCUCAUCUCACCAAGUGAUGUCGAGGAGCUAGCUAAUCUACUCGUGCUUGAUGAAGUGUACAUGAAGAAGCUUGACCUCUCCAAUUGCGGGCUGGGCGAUGAGGGUCUUACCACCCUCUGGACCGGUAUUCCAGGCCAGGGCGCCAAUCUCCAGCAUAUCGACACAUCGGAGAACCAGGGCACGGUCAAGUUCGAGAUUAUUCGUGACUCACUGAGCCAACUUCAGGCUAUAAGAAAGCUGAACAUCGCUGGCAACACCCGAAUUCCUUAUGAUGUUCCUUUGUUUGAGGACUAUAUAUUGAAUUCAUGGUGCCUGGAGGAGCUUGACCUGUCCGGAAUUACUCUCAAUGGUCCCACUGUUGAUAUCCUGACCGGAUACCUAGCAUCGCAGAGCUCCGAAGGCCUCCGAGUACUCCGCCUGAGUAAAUGCGGUCUAACAGGUGCUCAAAUAGCCCAGAUGUUCUACGCGAUGGGCCAAGCUCGACAAAUCACACUAUAUAUCAAUGGCAAUCGCCUGGACGAGGGCAUUGAUGAUUUGUGUGCCGUCAUUGGAGAAUGCUUUGGUCCCUGGGGCCUCUUUGUGCAGAUGGUUGAGUUUGCUUUGGAGUCCAACUAUAUCAAACUAUUGAAGGCCUUGACAACCAACCAGACGAUCGAGUGUCUGAGUCUUGCUGGUACAGCCACCCCUGACUCAGCCAGCGAAAGUGCCUGCCGAGCUAUUUCUGAUCUCUUCUCGCAAAACCAAACCAUCAGAUUCCUCGACCUGUCGGGCUUUGACGCCAAGUUAGACGAAGGCCGUCUUGGUCGGGGUUUCUCCAAGGCACUCAGUGGGCUCCGAUUCAAUACGCGGCUUGAACACCUGCGCAUACGAAGUCAAAUGUUGAACGUCAAUAUUGGAGACCUGGCUGAAGCCAUCUCCGCCAAUAAGACGCUCCACAGCCUCGAUUGCGAGGGCAACGAUUUCAAUCUCUCCAAUUUUCGGCAUCUCGUGCGACAUCUUAAAGACAGUACGACCAUUCGAUACUUUUCGGCUUUCUCGGAUCGUGAUCUGGCUCAGACAAUACAAAAGUCGGUGGAUGGUGCUGUAGCUACAGCAACCUCAACACGCAGACAGUCCAUGAUUUCAAAACUGCGACACGAGAAGGUCCCCCAAAGUAUUAGCGAUCCACUUACGCAGCAAUUGCGAGAAGGAUGGGAGGAUGCAGUGCGAAUACAACAGGAGGUCCUCGAGAGGAACCAGCUGUUGUACCAGGAAGGCGAAGAUGGUCGCUACGAUCCCGGCCAGGACGGAUUCUUGCUUUGCGAUGGCGAAGAGGACUUUUCCAAGGCAUUCGGCGGGCUGGCGCUACGAGCAUUCGAGGCGAAGAGGGCCAUGAAUCGCCGCGCAUCCAACCCGUACUUGAAUAACAGGAGAGCCAGCAUGAUCUCGCUGGGCCCAGCUCGACUUGUCAGCGCCGAGCCAGGCGCCAGAGUGUCAAGAUCUUGGUCCAGAUCGUACUCAAUUGUCUCGAGUGAGGGAGGGAUCAGUGCAGCUGAGAGCCCAAGUACAGGCUCGGCAGUUCCUACACCACCUGAGCCUGAAAGCCCAGUCGACAAGGAGUAUCACAUAAACAAUCAGCAAGACGGGCACGACGACACCCUAGAUUACGAAUACAGCUUCGCGGAUCCUCACGAUACAGACUUUGGGCUUGAACUUCGAGCCCAUCGGCGAUUCUGGAGCGAUGAAGCUGGAUGCAUCGAGGAAGAAGAGCAUGGGGCGCAGUUUGACGAGCGGCGCGCGUGA